UCAUCUGACUUCACUUAAUCUCAUUCCAAAACCAUCUCCACUCCUAGCUAUCUUAAAACAUACCAAACAGUCUCUCAUAGAAUGGCUAAAAUUAGCAUGGUACAAACCUUUCUUCAGCUAGGGUUGCUCACACUAGUUUUGAUUGGGAUGAGCCAAAUUGUUGGGGCUCAGGUUGAAACUGAACUCAAGUGUUCUGCAGACAAGUUUUAUAAUUUGUUUAGGCACAAUAUGAUGCAUUUGACUACAAUUUUCCCUCAAUUUUACAAGAGUGUCAAAAUUGUUAAAGGUGAUGGUAAAAGCAGCGUGGGAAAUAUUAGGGAAUGGCGAUAUGUUACACCAGGAGCGUCAAAAGUAACGAUGGUUAAGGAAAUUGUUAAAUCAGUGGACGAGGAUAAUAGGUCAAUCACAUUCAGUGUUGUGGGAGGAGACUUAUUGACUCAGUAUAAGAGUUUUGAUGUCACAAUGACUGUAGCUCCUAAAGAUGUUGAUAACAUUGAAGAGUCUGGUAGCAAAGUGAAAUGGUGGAUACAAUAUGAGAAACGAACUGAAGAUGUUCAUAGUCCAGAUGCACAUAUUGGCCUUGUAGCUACUGUUACUAAAGAGUUGGGUCAUUACCUUCUCCAGUAGCAGGCUACUUCAAGACCGCCUGAGAAGUGGGUGCCUGGAAUGGGUUUUUUUCUUUCGAGUGUGGUGUAUUUCAGUUUGGAAUGUGUUGAUGCUUUUUCUUUUCUUUUCUUUCGAGUGUGGUUGCAUGUAAUUGUGUGUGUAAAUUAAUAAUAAAUGAUGGGCUUUGCUAUUACCAUCUUCCUUUUGUUUA